AUGGAGUCUCAGCUGGGGGCAAAGACAAAAGAGUUCCCAACAGCGAGAGCGACGCCCCGAGCUUUCCCCACUCGUUUCACGCGCAGAGGAGCUUUAAUAGCUAAUCUCUCCAGGGACUUGCCAAUGGUCAGAUUCGGAAUAUUUCUCCUUUAUCAAAUACUCCUCGUCAGUGAGACAGAGGCAGAGACAGAGACAGAGGCAGAGACAGAGACAGAGGCAGAGACAGAGACAGAGGCAGAACAGAGGCAGAGCACAGAGGCAGAGACAGAGGCAGAGACAGAGGCAGCAGACAGAGGCAGAGUCAGAGGCAGAGUCAGAAGGCAGAGUCAGAGGGCAGAGUCAGAGGCAGAGUCAGAGGGCAAGUCAGAGCAGAGUCAGAGGCAGAGUCCAGAGGCAGUUAGUCAGAGGCAGAGUCAGAGUUCAGAGGCAGAGUCAGAGGGCAGAGUCCAGAGUCAGAGUCGAGUCAGAGCAGAGUCAGAGGCAGAGUCAGGCAAGAGUCAGAGGCAGAGUCAGAGGCCAGAGUCAGUAGUCAGAGUCAGAGUCAGAUCGGUACGAUCUUUUAGUGCGGAAGAAAACGACCAAAGCCGUUCCGACCCCGAUUCCCGCGACGACCCCGCCAAUCGCUCCCAAGAGGACGCUCCGCGACGAGAACUGCGAGAGGCGGUCCACUUGCACCUCCUCCACCUCGACGGAGCUGAGGGGCAGGUCGUCGGGCUCGCCAUCAGCGGGGGCAUCAUCGGCAGCGACAUCGUCGCCGGCAGCGCCGUCGUAGUCGUUGUCGUCGACAUUGUCGCUGGCUGCGUCGCGGGCGCCGCCGCCGGGUGA